AAAACAGGUCAGAAGCCUCUUGCCUGCCUGCUCCAUUCAUCCCAAGAGGCAGCUGCUCCAGGAACAGAGGUGCCAUGCAGCCCCGGGUCCUCCUCGUCGCUGCCCUCCUGGCGCUCCUGGCCUCCGCCCGAGCCCUGGAGGAAGAGGACCCCUCCCUCCUGGGCCUUAUGCAGGGUUACAUGCAGCACGCCACCAAGACGGCCCAGGACACGCUGACCAGCGUUCAGGAGUCCCAGGUGGCGCAGCGGGCCAGGGGCUGGAUGACCGAUAGCUUCAGUUCCCUGAAAGACUACUGGAGCACGUUUAAGGGCAAGUUCACUGGGUUCUGGGAUUCAGCCUCUGAGGCCAAACCAACUCCAGCCUCUGAUGCCUUCUGAGACCUCGAAACCCCAAGUCUUCCUGCCCACCCACCCUGCCAGCAUCUUGGGCAGUCCCGAAAGUCACUUGAAAGUGACAACAUUCUCACCUCCAACCCCGCCCCAGACCUGGCCCACCCCUAAGCUCGCUGUCUUCCCAAUAAAGUUGGAUGAGAAGUUGCCGUG